AUUUUGCGUCUCUAAUCAUACUCAUUGAUCAAAAACACAACCACGUCAUGUCAGAAUUAUAUUUCUGAACGAAUUAAAAAAAAACUAUGACGUCUUUCUUUUGGCCGCUGUCAUAUGACGUAUGACGAAUGAUCUUUUCGGUUUCGGUCAAUCGGAAUUUAUAUUGUUUUUGCAUUAGGCGUAUCUGAUGCAGUAAUUGUUAAGUGUAAUUCUUCAGGAACGUUGUGCGGACGUUUUGACACCUAUUUAGCAGCUAUCCAGCUUGUGGACACUUUGUAAACCAUGGCAGCACCGAUCUACAAUCCAGUAAUACCAUGCCUGUACCCGCUUCCGGGGGGCAUGUAUCCCGGCCGCAUGAUCCGCGUCCAGGGUAACGUGCCGCCAGGCGCCCAGAGAUUCGCCAUCAACCUCCAAUGCGGACCCAACACGGAUCCCCGCGACGACAUCGCUCUCCACUUGAACUUUCGCUUCGUGGAGAUGUGCGUGGUCCGCAACCACCUGUCCUCGAUGGAGUGGGGGGUUGAGGAGACUGAUGGGGGAAUACCGAUCAGGAGGGGGGAGCCGUUUGAGGCGCUGCUGCUGUGUGAGCCUCAGUCUAUCAAGGUGGCCCUAAACGGCAUCCAUUUCUGCGAGUUCCUCCACCGGACUCCAUUCCAGCGGAUCACCCACAUCACUGUCGAUGGAGACGUGGCCGUCCAGUUCAUAGGCUUUGAGGGAGCCGCGCCGCAGCAGCCGUAUAUGGUACGCCCCCAGUAUCAACCAUACCAGUAUACAGCGUAUAGGCCGUAUAGGGCGGACCCCCCAACUUAUGGUGGACAGUACGGGCCCCCGCCCCCCGCUUACGGGGCCCCUGGCUAUGGAGCCCCUCAAGGUUAUUCCGCACCACCGCCUACAGCUGUGCAAGGCUACACCUCAGCCCCAUACGGAGCGCCCCAACAGCGCUCCGGCAUGGGAACGGGGGCAGCAGUGGGGCUUGGGGUGGGCGCUUUGGCCGCGGGGGGGCUGGCAGGCUACGCUCUUGGUGGGGGCUUCCGCAGCGACAGCCCGCCUUCCGAGGUAGGUCACGGGUACAACCCGUUGUUCGACGGGUACAACCCAGCGUUCGAUGUGGGGUACCCUAUGGGUGAUGGUAGAGAUACGUUCCGGUCUGAUUCUGAGAAUACUGUUGAGCAAGGGAGUCCUGAGGCUACAGCGCCGCUUGCUGAGUAUCCAACUCAAACUGAGCCUGAAAGUCUACCGAUAGCUGAUUUGGCUAUAUCAGAACCGAAAGAUAACGAUUUCGAUGGAGGCGAUGACAAUGAUUAUCUUGAGGACAAUGCCGGCGAUGGUGAUGGCGUUGAUGAUGAUUAUUUGGAGAAUGACGAUAAUGAUAAUAACGAUGAUGGUGGUAACAAUGACAAUGAUGAUGACUAUCUGGAAGAUAAUGGAGAUGAUUAAAAGUACAUUAUAUUCAAGAUAUUAUGUAGUAAUUAGUAAAUAAAUGAAGAAUACUCACAUAUAUUAAUAAUACUCAGAGUGCUAGCACUAUAUUGUAUUGAAGCUUAUACUAAUUUAGUAUCAUCACAGCACAAGUUUUUAAUAGAAAAAUAAUGUAUACCGACAGAUAUAAGUAGAAUAAGAGAAUAUAAUAAUAAGUAUACAGGUGAAAAAUGUAUAAUAAUAAGAUUAUAUGAAGAUGGGAAGAAACCAUGACGUGUAAUAAAAUAACAGAACAGAGAAUAUAUUAUUAUCUACAGAAAAAUUUAUAUAAAUUAACAACUAUCGGAUCAGUGCCUACAUGACAAUACUCUAGCGAAGUAUGAAGUGAUAUAUCGUUGAAACUAAGUCGCCUGACAUUUGUAAACAUCGUGGAGAGCUUCGGCGGCGACGACUGGAUGGACUGAGGUUGUAUCCAUAAAAUCGUGGCGGUCACAGCGGUGGCCUUCGUCAUGUUUGUCGCGAAGAUCACUGUUGAGGGACUGAUGAUUGUGUGGGUGGGCUGGACGAAGGACAAGUAAUUGGAAGGUCUUGGGUAGUUGACACCAGUCAAUGAGGGGUAUUGUAUUUGCUGUCACCAAUUGGCGCCACUGACUGGUCAAUAGUAGUUAAGAAAGAGCUUUUUUUACAGUGGCGCUACUAUUUUAGCCACUAGUGACAUGAUUGAACAGUGGCGUCAGUCUAAUAAGAGAACCUCACUUUACAGUGGCGCCACUAUCUUAGCCAUUGGUGACAGGAUCUUACUUUACAGUGGCGCUACUAAUUUAGCUACUAGUGACAGGACUUAACAGCGGUGCCACUGUCUUAGUCAUUGGUGACAGGAUCUUACUUUACAGCGGCGCUACUAAUUUAGCCACUAGUGACAGGACUUAACAGCGGCGCCACUGUCUUAGCCAUUGGUGACAGGAUCUUACUUUACAGCGGCGCUACUAAUUUAGCCUCUAGUGACAGGACUUAACAGUGGCGCCACUAUCUUAGCCACUAGUGACAGAACCUUACUUUACAGUGGCGCCAACUGGUGAAAGCAAAUACAAUAGCCCUCAUUAACUUACUUUUUGACACACCAAUAUUUGAUGUCACUAAACUAAAAUUAUAAAAUAAAAUUCAUAAAAUUCAUUUAUUUUUGCAAAUAGGCUUUAAAAUCUGUUGAUUUAAUUCAAACUAUUGAAAAUCGGAUUUUACAGCAAAUUGUAAACCAGAUCGUUUUUCAGGCAUCAUUUAGUGACGUCACAUUUCUAUUUAAAAUUAAACUCGAUUUUCAGGCUGACUUGAAGUGAACGUACUUGUGUCUUGGUGUCAACUACUCACAUAAUGCUCAAAACUCAAUUAAUAACUAUACAACAACCGAAAGUCUUUAAAUGGUCCGUAAUACCGCGUAUAUACAGCUUAAAAUGCUAUCUGGAUGAUUAUUUCCUGUGAUUGGCCUAAAUAUUGAACUUUAACUAAUUUAAUACAGUUUUGAGCCUCGUUAUUAAAGAAAGUGUUUAAAAAAUGACUAUUAUAAAGUGUUUAUAAAUUAAGAACAACUAAAAUGUAAAAAUUACUUAAGAUCCUCCCACUCAACAUUUUCUUUUACUUAAAUGCGUGCAGUGCCAUUAUUAUGUAAUAUUAAAUUGUAUUAUUAGUAGCCCUUUAAGAGACGCAUCGAAGAUAUCACAAUGUCCAAAUUUUAAUAAUAAUUAUUCAGUAUGUCAGUCUAAGUAGGCACAACAACAAGUAUUAUAGAGAACCCCACAUAAUAAUGUUUAAUUCUUAUUUUCUUUUCUGAGUCUAUGCUAUAUGUUAAUGCCUAGUGUAAGAAUGAUGAUGCCAUUGUUAAUUUAAACACUUUAAAAUACGUAUUAUCAGAUGUCCAAUAACAUGAUUAUAUUUGUAUUUACUUACAUAAUAUAGUUUUGAUCAAAGAAUAAAAGAAAUAUUCAUUAAAAAAGAAGCACUAGAAUUGCUUUUUCAACUUAACGUUUCUUGUUACUCGUGUAAUUAAAUUAAAUUAAAUUAAAGCCAGUAGAUUUCUAUAAUGACCUAGAUACUUAUUGUUAUAAGUAAGAUCAAGCCUAUAAAUUAAGUUUAAUUUAAAAUCUAUAAUCAUUAUGUAAAAUCAGCGAAGGUUUAUUUGGUUUUGUAAUGUCUUGAAAAUAUAUAUUAUUGUUAAAUAUAAUAUAAUGAUAAGGAAAAGUAUUGUAUUAUAUUUAUAAA